AUGUUCAUUUCCUUUUUGUUCCUGCUGGUCUGGUUCUCGACCGCGGCGGUGACCCAGAAUGCUUCCUCCCCCCCUUACGCUCCCACCUUCGUGCAAUGCCCGAGCAAUCUUCGCAUCCGGCCCGCACAGAACGGUCUCAGCCCACGGGAGCAGCAAUGGAGACAACAACGUCUGGGCAACGUGGUCAAGGCUCUGUCUUCCUACCUCACCAAUGCGAACAUCUCGAAUUUCCAGGUCAAACAGUACCUGAGCAAGAUCAACGCGUCGACGGCGCCGGUCGUCGGUAUGGCCAUCUCUGGUGGAGGUAGCCAGUCUGGCAUGGGAGGACUGGGUCUGUUCCAGGCCUUCGACAACCGGUAUCCUCCCGCCGUCAAGGCAGGUACAGGUGGCCUGGUGCAGUGCCUUUCAUACCUCACCGGACUGAGUGGUGGAGGGUUUACCACCGUGCUGCCCCUGGCCAGCAAUAACUUCGGCAGUGUCGAGAGUCUUCGAGACAACGCCAAUCUCACGGCCAGCUACCUGGUUGGGCCCGCCGGGAACGAGACGGCGCACUACCAGGCCGCUUUCCAGAACGCCUACUCCAAACACCUGGCCGGCUUCCCGGUCUCGGUCACGGACAUCUUCGGCCAGCUCUAUCGCCAAUACCUACCCAAGUCGUGGGGCUAUAAGACUGUGUCGGACAUUGCCAGUCCCAACACGACCUUCUCCCAGGGCCUGGCGCCCAUGCCGAUUGUGCUCCUGUCCGAAGUGGUGCCCGGCUCGUCACCGUCCGUCGGCGGCAUCAUGUAUCCCGGGGUCAACUCGACCAACCUGACCAUGUAUGAGGAGACGCCGUUCGAGUUCGGCAGCUGGGUUGGCGGGCGCGUGCAGGCCUUUAUGCCCACGCAGUUUCUGGGCACAGCCAUGAACAACGGCACGCCGGCGAGGGCGAGUACGAAUUCGUGCGUGAACGGCUUUGACAAGGUCACCUUCGCCCAGGGCAGCACGGGUGGCGCCUGGAACUUCUGGCUCAUCGACGCCUUCUACAACAUCGCGCUCUUCUACAAGAAGCGGUCCCUCCUCGCUGCGGAGGGCCCCACGCCCUCGAUCCCGAUCCCACCGAGCCAGAGCCAGAAUCCCGACGUCAUCCUCGUCAACGAGACCGCUACCCUGUUCAACCAGACCUUCAACCAGUCCCUGUGGGGCACGUACCCCAAUCCCUUUCACAACUACAACAAGAAAAUGCAAGGCGAGACCGAGCUUCUGAUCGUCGACGGCAGCGAAACAGGCGAGACUAUCCCGCUAAGAUCUCUGAUCGUGCCGCAGCGGAAAGUCGACUUCAUCCUCGCCUUCGACUCCAGCGGCGAGGAACCCGACAACAACUGGGUGAACGGGACGACCUUUGGCAUGAGCGCCGCCGCGGCAAAGCUCCAUGACAUUCCGUUCCCCGAAGUGCCCGACCCGGCGUCCUUUGUCAAUCUGGGCUUGAAUCGAUAUCCCACGUUCUUCGGCUGCAACGCCUCGGCAUCGACGCCGCUGGUCCUGUACAUUCCCAACGCGCCGUGGUCCGCGUACUCGAACUACUCGUACACGGUCCCCUCGUUCACCGACAACCAGCUGGACCUGGUCUUCAACAACUCGCUAAACACGGUGACGUUCGGUCUCGGCCAGCUCGACGGCGUGCGCGGCCAGGGUUCCACCCCUCCACCGCCCUUCCCGGCCUGCAUCGCCUGCGGCCUCAUCUACAAGUCCCUGCUGCGCGUGGGCGAGCCCCUACCCGCGACGUGCCAGGCCUGCUUCUCCGCGCACUGCUGGAACGGCACCACCGCCGACACCCCCGCCACCCCCGUGUAUAACCCGAGCCUGUUCCUGGAGCCGGGCGUGGGGUACGCGCAGUGGAACGCGACGGUGUGGACUUGA